AUGUCAGAUAUUCCGCGAUUAAUUAAACACUGUUUAAAUCCUGAAUGGGUUAAACUUCAAUUUAAAAAUGAAGAUUGUGAAUUAUUAAAUGAAUAUGAAAGCCAAAAUAAGCUAAUGAGGUAUAAAUAUAAUGAUAAAGAAUAUUUAAUUUCAUGGAAUCAAUGGAGUCAUAAUCAAAGACCUCAUAAACGAGAAGAAGAAAUUGAAAAUAAUGAAAUGGAAAUCAUUGAUGACAUUAAAGAGGAUGGAAUUCCUAAAUUUUGUAGAAAAACCUUUAGAACUAAGUUAGGAGCAUAUAAACGUAGAGUAUUAAAUCCUGAAUAUCUUAAACAUCAAUUUAAAAAGGAAGACUGUGAAUUAUUAAACGUUAAUGAAUAUGAAAAUGCUAAAUCAAAACUGAGAUAUAAAUAUAUUGGAAGUGAUGAAAGGUGUAAAGAUAAAGAUAAAGUUUAUUCAGUUUCAUAUAAUAACUGGCACACGUUAGGGAUAAGGAAACAUUUAGGAGAUUAUGGUAAAAGUUCCGAAUUCUUCAAAUCUAGUAUAUACGAGAGAGAAGAAGAAAUUGAAAAUAAUGAUUAUUUGAAUUUAUGA